AUCACGCAUACCCUUUUUCUCCUUAAGGAGUCGUGAAUCACAUGUUGGUGAGGAGUCUUACGUUGUCGUGAUUCAUAGUCUUGUUGCCAUAUGACCAGGCUUGGGCAUCAACUGAAAGCUAAACUUGUUUCUCCUUGACGGGGAUAGGAACAGAAAGACUCCGCGAGAUUGUUUGUUGGACCUAGAUGUUAAAGUCCAUUAUACGAUCGUCAUAUGUUGCUUAAGGUUUUGUAAACUUUGUGCAAACCUCCACGGAUCUUGAGGAUUCAGAUCAUGGGUAUGUCGAUAUCAAUGUCGUCGCAGAUUUGAGGGAGAAUAGCGUCUUGAUUCUCACCACUGACGAACCGGCUUUACUUAAAUGGAGCAUCAUUUCUUUAAAAGCUUUCACCAGAAAAACAGCAUCUAGGUCAAAGCCCUGGAACUCGCGGCUGCUUUAUGGAGUCAUCCAUGGCUUUGAUGUUGGUCCAGUGACGUUCUAGGAAGAUGACAUGCAAUAGGAAUUAGAAUAUCCAUGUGCACGUCCCUUUUUCUUAUAAUGUCUUUAAGUUUGUUCUGUAAAGAAGAAAACUCCUUAAAUCUCGCAGGUAAAGUAGAGCUUGAGAAGUACUAUAAUUGAAUCUAGGAUGGGAUUCCCACAUUCACCCACGCAACAUCAGGACAUGGAAUCUUUAUCAAGAGCGAGGCUGGAAGGCAAUGGAGUUUCUGCCUUGGGCUCUUACUCUUCAUGGCUAAGAAAGCACCCGUCCGCCUUGUGCACGUUUGAAGGGAUCGCGAAGAAAGCCGAAGGCAAAGAGAUUGCGGUGUUCUUGGACUAUGAUGGAACUCUCUCUCAGAUUGUAGAUAAUCCUGAUCAGGCUUUCAUGACAGAAAAGAUGCGUUGCGCCGUACGCGAAGUUGCAGACUGUUUUCCCACAUCCAUUGUUAGUGGAAGGUGUCGCGACAAGGUAUAUGAAUUUGUGCAACUGGACAAUGUCUGUUACGCUGGAAGUCAUGGAAUGGAUAUCUCCAUCCCAUUAGCCUCCUCGAAGAGCCAGGAAGGCGGGCAUCAAACCAGAGCUUUGGACGAAAAGGGGGAUGAAAUCGUUUGGUUCCGACCGGCUCAAGAUUUCCUAGACUCAGUUCAGGAGAUAAUGAGGCUGUUGAAAGAAAGAACUACAAGAAUAGACAGUGCCAUGGUUGAAGACAAUAAGUUUUGCAUAUCGGUGCACUACCGUCGUGUGAAUGAGAAGGAUGUCGGGAAACUUAAGCAGAUAGUAGAAUCUACAAUGGAAGCAUACCCAGCAUACAGAAUCACCUGUGGUAAAAAGGUUAUGGAGAUACGCCCUCCGGUUGAAUGGGACAAAGGCCGAGCCAUCGAAUAUCUACUGGAAACUCUCGACUCGAAUGGCCAUUGUAACGUCCUUCCCUUGUAUAUAGGGGACGAUGAUACCGACGAAGAUGCUUUCAAGGUUAUUAAAAGAACUAAACACGGUUUCUCCAUUAUAGUUUCUUCUGUCCCGAGGGAGACCAUGGCCUUGUACUCUUUGCAAGACCCCAACGAGGUCCAUUCUUUCUUGACACACCUCGCCGAGUGGAAAAGAAGCAAUUCUUCUAGUUAACCGGCUCAAUGCCCGAAGGCCGCUACGAGUCUGCAAACCGCUGAGUUGGUUCCCGAUCCAUAUAGAAGCACCGUGAAUUUGUCAAUGAUUUUGUUUGGCAAAUUUACCUCCAGCGAAGCAUGUUCUUGGAUUUGUAACUUGUGCUUGAUAGCUAUCCACCCCACCAAAAACGUAACUCAGUGGGACAAAAGAGACCUCGCCACGCUACUCACCAAUUCAGAAGAUUCCGCCGUGAUUGGCAGCAUACGAUUUCCUUGGCAAUGUGACUGAAUCUUGUAAUGUCAGCAGAGCCAGAGUUUGGGAAUUGACAGAACUUUGUAGUCCUUUUAGACUCGAUGGCAACGCAUACCGUCCUCUUUGGGAAGAUGUGCUCAGCCUGCUCUUUUGUGCUUCUACUGGUCUAAGGUAUGUACCGCCUUCCCUACGCUUGCUACUCGCUGUACAUCAUGUUA